GACAUAUGAGAGAUUUAGAUUUCGUAGAAGACAUGAAAAAUUUGAAACGAUCGCAAUGGAAGAAAUUGCAGUUCUCAUUGACAUGCUGAAAGAAGGUUCCAUUAACGACAAAGAAAAGAUAAUCGUAAGAAGUGGUUCCGCGCGAUUUCCGGAUAUUCUGUAUCCAUAUGUUGCGAAUAGUAUAUGAUAUAUAAUGUUUGGCGAAACAUUCGAUCGUUCAGAAUAUCAUAAACUGAGAUAUUUUUGUGAAUCUGCUAUGAUGUUUCAAAGAGCAUCUGACACUACUGUAGGAGCUCUUUUUCAAUUUUGGUUCUUAAAGUACUUUGGAAAUAUGUUUUGAUAUAAAAAUAUAAUGCUAGGAAAUUAUCAUAUGGUAGAUUUCAUUAUGGAACCCUUAGACAAGAGAAAAUACUCAGAUAAUGAGGACGAUAAAGGUUUAGUAGACCGAUAUUUAAAGGUUUUAAACGGAAACACUAAAGGAAAAUCAUUCUCCGAGAAACAACUAAUUAUGAUUCUUGUGGAUAUCAUGUUUCCAGCUUUAUCUGCGGUGCCAAGUGCUCUUCUACACAAAAUCAAACUUAUAAUGCAUCAUCCAGAAGUAAUAAAAAAUAUAAGAGAAGAAAUAGAUAAAGUGGCUGGAACUUAAAGACUUGUUACGUGGCAAGACAGGAAGAAUUUACCAUAUAUCGAAGCGACAAUACGGGAAUCGCUCAGAUAUGAAACACUGACACCAUUCGGCGUAUUCCAUAAAGCGUUAAAGAGAACUACUCUUUCUGGUUUUGAUGUUGCCAAGGAUACAAUAGUAAUUACCAAUUUAUACGGAUUAAAUACAGACGUCGAUUUAUGGGGCGAUCCCCAUAAUUUUAGACCUGAAAGAUUUUUCACAGAAGAUGGUAAACUGCGUAAAGAUCUCACAUUUUCUUUUGGAUUUGGGCAUCGUGUGUGUAUGGGUGAAACUUUUACGAGAUAUAAUAUGUUUGAGAUAAUCGCCGUAUUAAUGCAAAACUUCAACUUUUCGUUUAUAGAGGGUGAACCAAAUAGUCUCAAAGAUAAAAUGCCAGGUUUAAUUGUUAGUCCAAAAGAAAUGUGGAUUGGAGUGGAACCACGUUAUACCUAACUAUUUCUAUAUAAUUUUUCAUUCAAAUAUUUUUAUUAACAUAUAACACACUAACAAUAUAUUUAACCUUACUGAAACAAUUUUUAUCCUAAUUUGAAGUGAUAAAAGCUACGAAACUGUAAGGAUUAAAAAUAGAAAAUCAUAUAUAAUUUGUGUACUAUAAAUUUAUUUCAUAAUCUGAGAUAGUCAGAGACAAAAGUUACAUUGUAUUGAAUAAACGUAAUUAAUAUGCAAAGAUUUUCAUACGAGUUGACUACAAACAAGUUUCAUUGAUAAUUGGUUAUACUAUGUUAAGUGAUCUAUAAAAUUGUCAAUAUUU